GUCGAAUUGUUAACACGUCUUCCAAAAGCGAAAAGAAAUAUUAAGAAAUUAUUUAAAAAAAAAAUUUAGUUACUAGUUUUGUGAUCCAAUUUUGUAUCGCGCUUUCUAUAUAAAAAAAAUUCAAGUGAAAAAAAAAAAUUGAUCCUUGAUCCUAUUAAACACCUGUGAACUAUUUGAGUGAUUUAAAUCCAGGAUCUGAUUUAAUUCAAAUCCAUUUAUUCAACGUAUUUAGUGAUAUUUAAAUAAAUUUCAUGAUCACCGAUCGUGCAUUUAAAGACUUUUGCAUCAACAAACAGCGACGGCAAUUGGUGAUCGAUAUUGAUCCUUUUGGAAGUUUUUAUGACUUGCCUGCAGAUUUGUUAAGAUUUUUCUUAACCUUAUUAUGUGGUGGUUGCAAUUCAACAGCAACCAAACGAAUUAACAAAACGGCAUCCACAAUCAUAAUUAGUAAAUUCCAAAGACCCACUCCGUUAAACGUGUGGUCCAAAAUUAGCCUAAUAGCUAUAGUUAUAAUAAUGACACAAUUAGUAUUGUCAAUUGAUCAGGUCGAUGCAAUGAGCAUGCGACCUAGACAAUUAAGAAAACGACAUAGUAAUAUGAAUGAGAAUUUAGAUUGGGAAAAUCCAUGCGGCGGUGUACAUAUGGGAACACAUUCAGGAGAACAUAGACAACGAAAACCGUCACUUGAUUUAGUGCGGAAACUUACUAAAGACAUUUACAAUACAAUAAAAGCAAAUAACGAGCAAUGGAUUGAGACUGACGAUAUUAAUGAAUGGUCAGCGUAUAAUAAUUCUUAUAAAUUCUUGCCAAAAUUACGCAGAAAUUCAAGUGUUGCACUCAAACGCUGGCACAGAAAUAUGCAAACUUUUGUUGCAUCAUUCUCAUAUCUACACAACAAAAGUCGAAAGUUCGACGAGGCUAGACUAAACAACCAAGAGAGCAAUUUCUCCAAGGAACUCAAAGCUCUUCUUCUCGAUGCUCGCCAUGUGCUUUGCGAAAUUGAAUCAUCCAUCAAUCGUACCACCCCAUACAAUCGCGGCAAGAAACUCACCUCACACAUCUCCCCAGACGCAAUGAACAAGCGUUUGAAAUUCCGCACAAAGACACUCGAUAAUGAAAAUCGCUUCCAAGUCGAUCAGCUGGAUCUGAAGUUUGUCAAAUUCUAUUUCACCGAAUUUCUAAGCAACAUGCUCCAAAUACUGAGGCAUAAUAAGAACCGAAUUUACAAUGGCAGCAAGAGUCUCAGUGUAAGUGAAUCGGGUAAUGUUAGUGGAAAUAGUAUGCCGGAUAAUAGCAAUGAAAUAAAUGCAUCGACUUUUGGUCGACGACACCCCAAUAAGGAGCAUCGACUUGGUAGGAAACGGAAUCAGCAAAAGAAGCUUAGAGAAGCCCUUCAAAAGAGCAAUUCAACACCCUCGAUAGCCUUAGCUUAAAUCGAGUUAAAAACCACCAUUAACAACAACUAGAGUAGCUAAAAAUGACAAAAACAAACGAAACACAAAAAAAAACAGUAUUACCUCUAAGUUCAUCCUCAGAGUAUGUCCUUAAAUUGUACCAGUAAGAGGUUUAAGCACAAAACACAUCCACCAUUAUACAUUCAUUCUAUACAAUGACUGAUGCAUUCCAUUUUCUAUAUAUUAUUUUGUACUUAAUUUAAUAAUUUUAUUUUUUCAACCGCAUCCUCGUAUUUAUUUAAUUUAUAUAUAUAAAAAAAAAACAUUAAU